UAUAUCAGUGAGCGGUAGUGUGCCUGACUCAUUCAAGGGUAGAAUACUGUGCAUGCAAGACGUUUGGACAACGAAAUGGCGCCAAAAUUUAAGACAGAGAAAGUAGGCAUUGUUGGAAGUGGCCUCAUAGGUCGGUCAUGGGCGAUGCUGUUUGCUUCUGUGGGCUACCAAGUGACAGUAUACGACAUCAUACCAAAACAGGUUACUGAUGCUCUGGACGACAUUAAGCUACAGCUCAAAACCCUGGAGAAGGAUGGACUGCUCAGAGGAGAAUUAAACGCGGAUGAACAGUUCCAAUGCAUUAAAGGUACAACGGAUUUGGUGGCAGCGGUGAAAGGAGCCAUAUUUGUACAGGAAUGUGUUCCGGAGAGUUUGAAUCUUAAAAAGAAGGUAUUCCAAGACCUGGAUAAAGUUGUGGACGACAAAACAAUCUUAUCCAGUUCCACCAGUACAACACUUCCUUCUUUAUUCUCUGAAGACUUGAAACAUAAAGCGCAGGUGAUCGUUUCUCACCCAGUGAAUCCUCCUUACUAUGUGCCAUUAGUAGAAGUUGUACCUGCUCCAUGGACUAAGCCUGAAGUGGCUUUGAAGACGCGGGAGAUCAUGCAGGAGAUAGGCCAGGAGCCCGUCUCCCUCACUAGAGAAGUCGAGGGAUUUGUCCUCAAUCGUAUUCAAUAUGCUAUUUUGAACGAGGUAUGGCGUCUAGUUGAUGAGGGCGUUGUUAAUGUUCAAGAUAUUGACAAAGUAAUUUCUGAGGGGCUUGGUAUGCGGUAUGCAUUCCUAGGCUCACUGGAGACUGCACAUUUGAACGCGGAAGGCAUGAAGAGUUAUAUCGAAAGGUACGGGGACACCAUUUAUAGUGUAUCUAAUUCAUUUGGCCCAAAUCCUCGUAUGACACAAAGUAAGAGUGCUGAUACAAUCUGUGAACAGCUGAACCAAAUGGUACCACUGGACAGGCUUCAAGAGAGACGUGCCUGGAGAGACGCUUGCCUCACUCGUCUUGCCUUACUCAAGAAGGAGAUGAAAACUAAAUAUAAACAAUAACAAUCUCUUAUUUAAUACUUACUUAUAUCUAGUAAUAAUUAAAAUAUAUUUGUAAUCUUUCAAACAACACAAAUUUAAAGCUCGAUCAGGUUAGCCAAACGGACUGAUGA